AUGGGAAGGACUUCAAUGGGUAUUCCGGAUGACUUGAGAGUCGAAAUUGACAAUAAGGGGAGUAAUGUUGGUGAUGAAAACGUUCGAGAAUCGUUACAGAGGCUUGAAUUUCAACGGAAACAUCGAUUAUCAGUUUUACCCACUAUGGAUGAUGAAGUGCAGAAAACAUUAAAAUUGCUUGAUGAGCCGGUACAAGUGACAGGCGAAGAUGCAGCAGCUCGUAGAAGUCGGUUAGCAGCUUUGCUGGCGUCGAAUCCUGAGAUUUUUCAGCGAUUUAUGAAGUCUAGAAAUGGUGAAACAUCGAUUUCAGAAGACGAUGGUGAUGACGAGGAAGAGUUUUAUACACCUGGGUCCUACGAUUUAGUCGAAGCAAGGAGGUUCAUGAUCAAGUUUUCGAUAGCUAGGGCUCGAAAACGGCUCGAAAACCAACGGUUAAUGUACAAGACAUUACCACAGACAAUUAUACUGCAUAGAAGACAAAUUUACGAGAAGUUACAACAUUUCCGACUGAAUGCGUCCCAGGUGGCCUCGUCGAGGCCAGUCUCGGUCGUACGGGUCGCUCCGACUGGCAAUCUUGUGGCCUGUGCCUCUUGGGGUGGAGAAAUUAAGUUACUUGACUCAGAAACAUUACAAAUUACCACUGAAUCGCCAAAUUCGCAUACGGACAAAAUUGGCGGUUUGGACUGGAGUGUUGAUGGAAGACGUCUGGUGACGGGUGCAGCAGAUCGACUUGUCAAAGUUUGGGACGUUGACGGCGAAAAUUUGAAAGAAAGAGCAAUAUUGCGAGGCCACGAGUCUCGUGUGGCCAGAGUACGAUUCCAUCCAAGUGACAGAUUUGUUGGCAGUGCUUCCUUUGACAAGACAUGGAGGUUAUGGGACGUUGAAAGGGCCACGGAAUUACAAUUACAAGAGGGACAUAUGAAAGAAGUGUAUUGUAUCGCGUUCCAAACGGAUGGGUCACUGGCGUGUAGCGCAGGAAUGGACGCUCUAGGUUUGGUGUGGGAUAUUAGGUGUGGUAAUUCGAUAAUGUCUUUGGAUGGCCAUUCCAGGCCAAUCUACGGUUUGGAUUGGUCUCCUAAUGGAUACCAACUGGCUACGGGAAGUGCAGAUGGAACCAUUAAAAUUUGGGAUUUUCGAGUCAAAACAUGCUUAGAAUCGAUUUUAGCACAUAAAAAUAUCGUGUCAGAGGUCAAAUUCGAUCCAAGCGCAGAGUUUCUGAUUUCCAGUUCUUAUGAUAGAAAGGUUAAUGUCUUUAGCGCCGAUAAUUGGCAUAAAGUGGCAUCACUCGAGGGACACACGGACAAGAUUAUGUGCGUGGACUUGGCACCCGACUCCAAGACCAUAGUUAGUAGCGGAUGGGACCGAUCAGUGAAAACUUGGAAGCUUUAA